GCUGGUCACAGCGCCUGCUUUGUUGCCCGCGCGCGUGCGUGCCGGAUGGUCCGCGGCGGGGUCGGGAACUUCCUGCGGCGAGGGGCGUAUAUAGCGGCGGUCGCCGUCCGAGCUCUGCAUCAGCGUCCGUCUGCCCGACCAACGACGACAUGAAGUCCAUCAUUGCAGCCGUCGGUGUCCUGUUCAUCGCGAUGACAGUGAACGGUCGCUUCUUCACUGCAGAUCAGGAUGGUGCUGGUUCCUUCGAGUCUGCGGACGCGGUGGACUCAGUAGAAGCCCCCGGGGCAGAAGCCAGUGAGAGGACGAGGCGUGAGGCACAAGAUCCUAUGCAAAAUAUGAUGAAAAUGGGGCAAGCUUUAGCACAACAAAGUGGAUUCAACACUACCAACAUGACACUACCUAGCAACAUGAAAGGCAUGAUGGGUAAUAUGCAAAAUAUGAUGAAGUCGGGAUGAGAAAUCUGCUGCUAUCACAGUCAGCUGUCUCCGCACGUCCAGAAGAAUAGAAAAGCCACAAUACAGGGGUAUGCUGCCUUUCUUCACACAACACAUGCAACAUUUACUUUUCUACGAACAUUUAACGAGAUAUUUUCGCUAAUGUAAACAAACAUAUGUGCGUGCCUUUGGUUGGUUGAGAGGAUUGUUGUUUAUUAACCAUUUGCCUAAAAAUAAAGGUUUUGAAACUCG